AUGUGCAACUCGCCCAUCGAAGGUUACCUGCUGCUCACGGGUCCAACCCGUCUCACCAGUCGAAUUUUCGUCGCAAACUUGCCGGAGUGCAGCCGCAAUGAACUGGCCCAGCUAUGUGCACGAUUUGGAAACAUUCUGGGUACGAUGAUCAAAGACAAUUACGGCUACGUACAAUUUGAGAGUAAAAGACAGGCCAGCAUUGCCAUUCUGGCUCUGCACCGGUCGCGCUUCAAAGGCAAAACCCUGACUGUUCACAGUGCCACUUUCCACUCGAUGGAGGCACAUGGACGUGGUUGCAGACAGGCCGAGAAGGACGAGCUCGUCGUCGCCGAGGCCGACUCCUCGGGACGGGAUCUGAUUGCCGACUGCGUGAUCAUAGUAAUGGAUUUGGAGCAGGUUCACAGCGCCAUGCGCAUCCGGGACCGGCUCUUCGCCGGGGGACUGAGCACGGAGGUGCGCUCUCCACUAGCCCUCGACGACCAGGAGCCGCUGACCAGUCUGCUGGAGCUCGCAGGACUUGGGACUCAGUACGCCAUGGUCCUGACAUCGACGAACGGGCGCCUUGACAAGGCGGCAGUGCACUUCUUGUACGAGGAUCGUUCGGAACACCCAGACCUGACGGUGGACCAGGCCAUCGAGGUGGUUGCAAAGGACUACAACAGACGCCAUGUAUGCAACCCAGUCGGUGCUGUGCGUGACUAA